GCGGCCCGCGGCCCGCCGCCAUUGACUGCGUAUCCUCCCCAUCCAGCGACUCGACUCGGGAUCUCACACGACUCGACUCGGGAAUCUCACCCAUCUCGCGAGAUCGGUGAGGAAGAGGGGAGGAAGACGAAGCAGCGCCAAACCCUACUGCUGCCGUCCUGCCGGUGCGUGUCGCCCCAGAUCUGCGAUCCGGUCCAGGAGAGGUGAGCGGCAGUCUCUCACGGUCCUCCGCGAGCCUGAUUUUUCGCGUUUCAUGCGAGAUGGCGAGCACGGGGCGGUCGAUGCUGCUCUCGCUGCUGCUCUUCGCGGUGACGCUGUCGCUGCUCGAGAUGUACAGGGCCAAGUUCGCCUCGUCGGAGCUCAUGACCAUCGCCGGCGGAUUCGUCUGCUCCCUCCUCUUCCUGCUACUCCUCACUUUUAUUGGGAACUACCAAGAAGCUAGUGGAGAUAGAACUGGGUGGGGUGCAGUUGUUGUAGCACAGCUUGUUGCCCUCAUUGUAGCUGGCACUGUCCACCGCGUCUGUAUCACAACAUGCUUCUUGUUCUCCGCCGGGCUCCUUUACGAGGUUGACAAGCUCUCCGGCAUGAUCCUCGCGAGGAGCGAGUCUAAAGUGAGGCGGCACUGAGCACAGGAUAUAGAUCAGAAGAUAUCAUUCAUGUACGAUGACUCGUCUGUAGAUCGAACCGAAAUCUCCGCGCCCCUCCCACCGGACCUCGAACCCAUUCAGCUGAGAAUCCUGGAUUACUGGUGCGCUCGCGCCGAGGUCGCAUUCUGAUGUUUGUCUGAUCUGUUGACUAGGUAAUAUGUACUGCCACACCAUUUUGCCGGAUAUCACUUUCCUUUUUGACGAACUCGCCGUGCGUUGCGGGUAAUAUGUACUGCCACACCAUUUUGCCGGAUAUCACUUUCCUUUUUGACGAA